UUCAACUUCAGUUCGCUCUUUGGCGCUGAGGUAGUCACACUGGCGAGAAUUGUUGCCGUCCUCACGCCUCGACAUAGUGUCUAGUAUUUUUGACUGUGCUGUCAACAUACUACAGAGUAUACAGAGUAAUCUUGUGGUAGUGUGCAAGUAGUUACACAGUUUGUUGCUGAAGGUUGUGGGUUGCUUGUUAGACACAAUCAACUAAGUCUAUAGCUGGUGCUUCUCCUCAAGCCAGGAUAGUAGUUCGGUUGACUACCGUACAGCAUAAGAAUAAGAUAUUGGCAGUGCCAGAGCAGCCGCUACUCGGGAAAGAAUGGAUCUAGCGCAGCAGCAGCGAGCCUCUGCUCCGGCGGCAGUGAUGCCUGUAGCGUGUGGGGGUUCGUACUGUGCCAAGCCUCAGGACUGGAUCAUGGCCGAUCCCAAUGAGCGCGAUGCACCCCAGGUGGUUCUGGCUGAUAACGAAGGACACUGGGAGAAGUUCAGCCCAGAAACGAUGGAAAUGGUGGUCACUCGGGAUGGCAGACGCUUGUUUCCCCGAUGCAAGUUUCAAAUCCGCGGUUUAAACGCCACGGACCACUACAAAUUCUACAUCUCGCUGGUGUCCGCAGACGGCAAUCGCUACAAGUAUGACUUUCGAUCGACGUGGACCACCGUUGGCAUGGCGGAUCCGCCAGUCAGGAGCAGUGAGCAACUGUACUGCCACCCUGACUCGCCAAGCACUGGCGACGCGUGGAGCAGGCAAAGCACAAUAUGCUUCGACAAGCUCAAGAUCACCAAUCGGGAGGACGAUGACAAAGGCCAUAUAUUCCUGCACACCAUGCAGAAAUACCGUGCCAGAGUGUACGUCGUACGCGUGAAGCCCAACAUGGAGGAGGUCUGCUGGUGCUUCGAUUUCCCCAAGACGACUUUCAUUGCCGUGACAACGUACAACAACGAUGCUAUUCGCCGCUUCAAGGUGAAGAACAACGCCUUCGCAAAAGGUCACCGGCAGAAAGGAGCCCUGGGCGAUGGCUCUGACUUUGCGGCGCAGAUGACUCACGCACACGCAGCGGUGUCACCGUCGCCGUCACAGGUUGUGCGGACACCUCCGCCAGGCUGUCCACAGGCGUACUAUGUACACGCCGCAGCAGCAUCACGCGCCAUGCAGCAGCAGCCGCCGCCGCAGCAGCAGCAGUCUGUCAGCUACACGCCGGCACGUAUUCACCAGCAGCAGUGCUUCGUGCCAAUCUGCACGCCUAGCUCCAUGUCGACUACUGGCGCGACUGAGUUUCCGUUUCAACCGGUCAAGAGACCGUCGUCAUGCUCGUUGUACGCAGAGCCUCCCAACAAGACGGCACGUACGGACGGCGGUACAUCGGGCCUUGGCAGCGAAUGCACCAACACGAAUCUGUCCUCGCCCUGCCGUGAGUUUAGCAUAGCUCACAUUUGCCGCCGUGGCGAUAGGGAAACACCGACAAGCGACGAGGGCGUACCCCCAUCGUGCAGUGCCAGCAACCAUCAUCACGAUGAUGAUGGACGGUCAGACCAUGCCGUACCUAUAUCUCCGACACCGAAAGCAGCAACAGUAGCAGCGGCGCAUACAUACAUACAGCAACCACUGCCGUACAGUGCUGUGUCGCCGCUGUCCAGUGCUGGUGCUACGUCUUCUCCGACCAUGGCAAGACCAACGGCCAUACCUAUGCUGCACCCCAUGCAACAGCCAAUUCACAUCCCCGCUGCAGCACAUCAAGCGCCAACGUACUUUCAGCUGCCAGGAACACAGACACUGGUGCCAGUCAACCCCAACAGCAAUGUCGGCGUUCAGCCGUAUCAUCAUCCCAUUCCAACCAUCAUGGCUCCUGCUGGCUGCUCAGCACCACCAGCAGCACAACCGCAUCAACCGCAGCAAAGUUUUGCCUAUGUUCCUGCUGCUCCGCACAUGCAGGCCAUGCAAAUGAUGCCAGUCAAGUACGUUGUGCUUCAGCAGUCAUGAUCUCUCUGUAUCCCGAAUUCUUGUAUUCUUCGUCAGUGCUCCGUAACAGCGGCAAGUGAAGUUCCAGCUGAGUACAUGGUCGUGUUGACUCUCCCUCUGGGCCGCUGUGUGAGUGCAGUGCCUUUAUUCUCCUAUUAUCUCUAUGCAGACGCUGAUCAGGCCGUCAACUGCAUCUUUGCGGCCUGGGCACAAUAUCCUACGAAACACACAAGUAUUUUCUCCGCCUCAGACUUAUCCUGCUUUAUAACCGCACUAUCCUGUUGAACUAUUUCUUUGGCAUUGUCCUUUCUUCGCCGUCUUGAAUUGAUCUUUGAGUUUUAAAUCCAAAUGAAUAUCUCUUGUGUCGCGCCAGAUUUCUUGAUCCAAUGUUGAAUAUCCGUGCCUCUCUCACAUUAUUCCUGAUAACGUAUUUCAUAUUCCUUUCAUCGUCUGAAUUAUUUUACGCUAUUUUCAACUUUUCAAGGCCAGUCUUUUACUAACGAAGCACUGCUUCAGUGCAAAACAUA